AUGCAGGAUGUGCUUUGGGAGGUGGUGCCGGAAGCUGGUGUGGUUGCCUCAGCCGGAGUGGUGGGCGGUUCCUUGCUCAAGUUGCUUGACACAUUUGGUGCGGCUGCAGCCGGUGUGUCCGGAGUUGCCGUUGGCGCCGUGUCGGCGACUGUUGGUGCCUUGGCGGCCAAGACCUUCACGGAUCGCCAUGACCGAUUAGCAGUCGAGAAGCGCUUGAUGGAUGUGAAACGACACGCACCGCAGAGCAGCCCGCUGUCCCUACAACCCCUGCUUGCCAUCCGGCAAAUGUUGGAAGCCAUGGAUUGGUGUCUGGCGCAUGAAGAAGAGCACUGGAGUCGGCAUGGUGCAGCAUCACUGGCGAUGAAUUGUUUUUCUGGAGGCAGAGGCCUGGACAACAUCCCCAAGGAUUGCAAGCCGGACAAGGAUUAUCGCAGACAUUUGAAAAAAAUCCGCAGUUUGUGCUCACCUUCGCCAUUGCGCGGCCAGGGUGGACGCGUCAAAAAUACUAAAACUGAGAAGCGCGGAAAAACAACCCGCGAUGCUGGAGUAAUUUCAGGAUUAUCUGUGCCAGGAAGCAGCGAAGCGUAUGAGCGGCUCUUCAAUCCUCAGUGGGGCACUGUCCGCAGCAAGCAAGGAGUUUGCGCGGCACUUGCAUAUUUGGUCACCCAGUUCAUGGAGCUACGACAUUGUCCGACAGGGAGCCUCCUUGAUGGCGAUCGAAGGUCUCUGAGGCUAGCAGUAGCUGCCCUUGCUCGGCAUCACGUAUUCGAUGAGGACGAGAAGGCUUCACACGCAUUGAAGUUCACACGUCUUUUGCAUCCCACUCUUGCCAAUGCAGAGCAAGAUGAAAUUGACGACGAGGAGCACAAGCGAUGGAAGAAUAAUCCCGAUCAGGAGCAAGAGUUCCGUUCUGCAGCAUUGGCAUUGAUUUGUUUGUUGGAUGCUGCGCUCGCUUGGCGGCCGUCUGAUCCGCUUGGGUGGAUGGGCCAGGCUGAGGAUGCCGAGGGCGCAGUGCUGGCACGGGAGAAAGGUGUCUGCAGCUUUGCGACGUUCGCCUGCAAGGUUCGACGCUGCUUGAAAAAGGCCAGCGGCGGCUGCCCGAUUACUUGGCGUCGUCUGGAUGUGCACCUGGAUGCCGUCAGGACCAGAGCCCUUCCGGAACCCUGGCCUUGGAUUUGGGUCCUGAAUGAGGAGGCAUCAAUGCUGGUACGUAACCGGACAAAAGUGCCGCUUCGUGUUGAGCUUCAUCGCCCAAAGGCUGCGCAAGCGUUUCCACUGGCAGAUCUACCGCUGAUGAAGCCAAUACUACAAUGGUUUCACGGAAAAGUUAGGCCAGUCCUCACAGCUGAUGUCAAGCCAGGAAUUGAAUGGGCCCUGCGGCCAGAGUCGGCUGAGGGCCGGGAGUUCAAAGUGAAGUUGCUGACAACAGCCGGUGUGCUGGUUUGUACAAAGCCCCUUCGCCGUGGGCAGUCCUUUGAUUUCCAUGUGCCCGUUCCACCACCGCCGGCUCAGUUGAGAGCAGCUGCAUUGGCAUGUCAGCGAGAGAGCUUUAUUGAAGCUGGAACAGUCAAGGGACGACUGAAGGCCACGGAUGAGGCAGCCAAGGCUUUCGGUAGGAGGGAGCACGAUGAUGAUGGUUCUGUCUGCUCAACGGCAGCGCCGUCGUUUUCUUCGGGACGUCUCAGCUUGGCCAGCACCGCAUCCGCCAGCUCAGCUGGUGCCUUAGGUGCCAAGACGCGAGGGAAGACGGAAAUGCAAGCUAAGCUGGAAGACAGAAGGCGAAAGAUUGAAGGGCUCCCGACGGUCCUUUCUUCCGCAGAGGAUGACACACUGGAUGCAGCACCGCAACAAGAAGGCAACUCCGACCGAGCAGCAGGGGAGCAAGAACCAGGCACUCUAGCACAACCUGUCGCAGGCCUUCUUUCGGCCGUGGAGGGUUUUCGCACGUGCUUAUGUCCGCGCUGCUUGCAUGCGAUGCCACUUCGACGCCAUCGACCGAGGGCGGCAAUCUACGUGGGCGGGGUGAGCUGUGACCGCUGCAAGCGGGAAUUGCUCGGCCAGGCAGAAGCAGAGGAGGUUGAACUCGAGCCCCAAGAUGCUUUUUGUCAUUGCAACCGUUGCUGGUUCGAUCUGUGUAGACGGUGCGCCUACAAGGAGAUGCAAGAUGUGUGGUGGGGGGAGGAGUGA